AUGGGUCUCUCCUCCUACCUGCGCAAGGUCUACGACCUCGACACCCUCGACACGCGAUUCACCUCGUCGACAUCCGUUCCCUACCAGACCGUCAUCGAUGCUCGCGACGACCCGGCCGUCGAGAGAGAGGCUGCGGCCAGGGCCCGGAGCUCUGCGCCGCCGCCGAAAUGGCGCACGCCCGAGUUCUUCCUCUACUACAUGGUCUUUAUCGUCGUCGUCCCGUAUAUGUUCUGGGUAGCCUAUGAUGUGUCAAGACCGUCUGAUCCUAGGUAUCCCAAAUACGAGAAAUACUUGUCGGACGGAUGGAUCCCGGGGCGAAAAAUCGACAAUUCAGAUGCGCAGUACCGCACGUUUCGCGGCAACUUCCCCAUCAUGACGGGCCUCUUGAUAUUUCACCCACUGCUGCGAAAGGCAUGGGAAUCGGUGUAUAAGCCAUCUGCGCGCGGUGCCAGAGGCUCGACGAGGCUGGACCAGCGCGCCACGUUUGAUUUCAUCUUUGCCAUUGCCUUCAUUGUCAUUUUGCACGGCAUCUCGUCCUUCAAGAUCCUCGCCAUCCUGACCAUCAACUACCAACUUGCGACCAAGCUGCCUCGCAAGUACGUUCCCGCGGCGACUUGGAUCUUCAACAUUGGAACUCUGUUUGCCAAUGAGUUGACCAUGGGAUACCGGCUCCAGCUCUUGGCCAAUUGGGUUGGCCCUCCUUGGGGACCGCUGGCGCAUUGGGGAUAUUGGUUGGAUCGGUGGGGCGGGAUCUUGACUCGCUGGGACAUUCUGUUCAACAUUACCAUUCUGCGACUCAUCAGCUUCAACCUGGACUACUACUGGAGCAUCGACAAGCGAAGCUCAAACUCUCUAGAGGUAAGCGCCCAUUCGCCCCCAUCUCCGAUGUCAUUGCAUACCAAGAAGGGAUUGGAUCCCGCCAGCCUUUCCGAGCGCGACCGAAUCUCGAUCCCUGCCGACAUCAAGGACUUUUCGUUCCGCAACUACGUAGCGUACGCAUUGUACGCGCCGCUGUACAUUGCCGGUCCCAUUAUUACCUUCAACGACUACAUCUCGCAGUCCAAGUAUCGCGCCGCGAGUAUCGAAUGGCCUCGCACAAUUCGAUACGGCGUCCGGUUCCUGCUUGUUCUCCUUGCCAUGGAGCUUAUCUUGCAUUACGACUAUGUUGGAGCGAUUAGCAAGGCGGCCCCCGUUUGGAGCGACUACACUGCCGCUCAGCUCAGUCUUUUGUCCUUCUUCAACCUUCACAUCAUCUGGCUGAAGCUGCUGCUUCCCUGGCGCAUGUUCCGUCUCUGGGCCUUGGUGGAUGGCAUUGACCCGCCAGAGAACAUGGUUCGAUGCGUGAGCAACAACUACAGCACGCAGCUGUUUUGGCGUGCCUGGCAUCGCUCGUACAACCGCUGGCUCAUCCGGUACAUUUACAUCCCUCUGGGUGGCUCGUCGUUCCGCAGCUGGCAGUCCUCGGUCAAAUCGGUCGUCACGUAUCUGCUGGUCUUCACAUUUGUCGCCCUUUGGCACGACAUUAAGCUCCGCCUGCUGAUCUGGGGCUGGCUCAUUGUCAUCUUCAUGGUGCCCGAAUGGACUGCCAGUUACUUGUUUCCCAAGAGGAAGUGGGAAAGCCGGCCUACGGAGUAUCGCAUGCUGUGCUGCAUCGGAGCCGUGGGCAAUGUGCUGAUGAUGAUUUCUGCCAACUUGGUUGGCUUUGCGGUUGGCCUUGAUGGGUUACAGAGCAUUCUCAGCAGCAUUCUGCAUGAUUGGUCAGGUGUAUUCUUUAUUCUCACUGCGUGUAUUUGUUUGUUUGUGGGUGUUCAGAUCAUGUUUGAGAUUCGCGAAUCCGAGAAGCGCAAGGGCGUUGUCAUGAAGUGUUAG